AGUGUGAUAAUGGAUGGAAGUGUGUGAGAAAGAAUUUGUUACGGAAGGCGUGCCUGAGUUUUUCUGUCCUCCCAGUCUCCUGGGUUGACUUGGCGGGAUGGCGCACGGCAGGCAUAUAGCCUAUGGAGUUCAGUCGCGCAGUCUAUUUACUUCGGACGCUCUGCGGGGUUGGUUGUUGGAUAAAAUACAUCUCUUCCACUGACACUACUCGAUGGAGGCUCACUGUGUCCUCUUCACUAGCUAACGUCUCUUUGUCAAAGUAGCCUACAGAACCAAGGGCACCUACAGAUCCACGCCUGCUCGGAGUCUCGUUAAAAGAAACGGACGUUCUUCGGUCUCCGGUCGCAUGUUCGUGCAACGGAAGACAUCAGAGAAAUCCAGGUAGCUCAGAUGCUGAAGAUGGGACUGGAGAGGUCGGUACUCGUAGAGCUGCCGUUGCGGCAGGUGGAUGUCCAUUCUUCACCUCCGCGUGGUUUGUCAGAAGAUGAGCCACGCGCAAUGGGGGGCGACGUUAUGGAAAGCCAUGCGAGGGCGUCAGCAGAGAUGUCAAUCACGGUAGAAUACAGCCCCGACGGGGGGAAAAUGCCGUUUCACCAUGUACGGGCAGGGCUGCUCUACACAGGGAACUAUCUGAGUCGCUCCUUAUCCGAGACCAGCGAGGCUUUCCAGCUCACCAGCAUCUCCACAGAAGAGCUCGGAGAGAUCAGGGAGGCGUUCCGGGUGUUGGACCGCGAUGGUAAUGGCUUCAUCUCUAAGCAGGAGCUGGGCAUGGCCAUGCGCUCUCUGGGGUACAUGCCCAGCGAGGUGGAACUGGCCAUCAUCAUGCAAAGACUGGACAUGGACGGGGAUGGCCAGGUGGACUUUGAGGAGUUCAUGACGAUACUAGGACCCAAAUUACUGUCCUCUGAGACCAGAGAGGGAUUUCUGGGCAACACCAUCGACAACAUCUUCUGGCAGUUUGACAUGCAGCAGCUGUCUCUAGAUGAGCUGAAGCAAGUUCUGUUCCACGCCUUCAGAGACCACCUGACAAUGAAGGACAUUGAGAACAUCAUCAUCACAGAGGAAGAGAGCCUCAACGAAAACCAGAACUGCCCUGAGUACGAAGGAGUCCAUCCUAAGAAGAAGAACCGACAGACGUGCGUGAGGAAGAGUCUGAUCUGCGCCUUUGCCAUGGCUUUCAUCAUCAGUGUCAUGCUCAUCGGCAAUCAGAUGCUGCGGAACGGCAUGGAGUAACUAACCACACUGUGAGCCUGGACUGUGGGGGGGGGGGGGGGGGGGGGGGGGCAGCUAUGAUCUCACAUGCUGUCUCAGCAGACAACAGGAGCAUACCAGCCUCCCAAACACACCUGUGAUCUACGAUCACUUUUUUACGAUUAUUUGUUUGAAUUCCUAUUAGUAACAGACAAUGCAAUGGAUGUAAGGAAAGCAAACAUGCAGAGAAUCCGUUAUUUUAGUAACUGUCAAAAAACAAAGACACUGGUUAUUUUAAUAAACUGGAUCUGAUGGAUCUGUAUAUUUUUUUUCAUAAUCAUGUAGGGAUGAAAAGAUUCCCUCGAGUACUGAAUUCAAUACCACGGCCACCAACCCAUUUUUCUAAUCGACACCUUCGUUUUGAACAUGCCCUGAACUCUGAACCUUUAAGUUGAAACUUAAGGACUGUUGCUACUAACUGAGUGAGGGCACUGUAGGGCGUCUUUGGUACUUAAAUCUCUAUAUUUGUUGUUCUGUCAUGUACAGUAUUUAAAAUGGCCUCAUCCCUUGUUUGACACACCACGGGCCAAUUCAUAGCCCCACCUCCAACCCCCCACCCCCCUUAAAAUAAAAUAAAAAAUAAAAUUUCCAGCCAACAUGUUACUUAGAGCAUUGGUGCUCCAGUAUAGACACAUUUCACUCUCUUUGUACAUGUCUAUAUGUAAUAUUUGUGCUACUACAGUCUGUGAUAAUGUCCAAACACGUUUACACAGACACUCUGUAUGCACAGUGUGUGCUAUAUACGGUUACUCUUGUCUCAUGUCGUCAGUAGGGCAGUGUUGUCUGCAUGUGUGUGCUAUGUGAGCUCAGGCAAAGUAUAGAAGCAGUUGAAAUUGAGUGGAAGACACACCAAACAUAUCUGGCUAUAGUUGAGGUGUGUUGUUGUUUUGGACAUGUAAGGGACUGGGUAAGGUAGGGUCUCAGUUAGAAAUGCUGUGUUGAGACACAGGCUUGUAUCCUUUACGUACAGAUCUUUCUUCUUCUAACAUUUCUGUUCAGUUCAAAGGUAGAACUACUCACAAAAGUAGGUCUAUCUAUUUACAGAGUUGACACUGCCACUUACAACAAUAGUGUGAACAAUAGUGUGAUCAUAUAUUCAUCUUACCAAAAACACAUUUACAAUGUUGCAUAUUUACAUAGUUGGGGUGAGGGUAGCUAUGUCAGGGAUAUUUGUGAAUGUUGGGCAACAUAGAUUUAUUUUGUUGGACUAGGCCAUCUAGUGGCUCAAGUGAGAACUCCACCCAGUAUAAUCUUUGACAUAAAUUGAUAUUUCAGUAAGAAGUCAUAAUGUUCUUUUACCAGUUCAGUUACUUGAUAUUCACUCAUCUUACUAAAGCUCAUAGACAUGGCUGGAUGUAAGCAACCUCACAGACCUUCUUGUCUCUUACAAGCAUCUAUCCAGAUGACUCAGAUCAGUGGGCGGGGUGAACCAACACCACAGACAGAUGGAGGCCAAAUCAAAUGUUACAACAGUCACACAGUCAGUAUGCAUAUUCUACUACUGCGUUUCAAGACUGUGAAAGACGGGGGAAAUCAAUUCAACCUUUCCCAGUGGCACGGCCUUGAUUUUAAAUGUAUGUAUGUAUGACAGGCUGUCACAUUUGACUUUCAGAUUUAUACUGAAAUAACUACUCAUGCCAGUAUAUACCAGCUAUUAAUCAAAUCAGACUACAGAAAGGAAUAUGUUCCAUAAAUAUGCAAAUACAAGGUCACAUCAUCUCAGUGUCGUGUACGUCCACACUGAUGACUGUAGGAUUCACUGUAAAAGGUGGAUAUCCACAUAAGUUGUAAGGUUGUGUUCCUGUCACAGUAGAUAUCGAUGUAUUCACUGCCUCAUAUUCUAUAAGCUGAAGUAGUGAAUGUACACAUACUCUAGUAUUCUGUCGUUUUAUGUCAAAGCACCCAGUUGUUUUAAAAAUUCUCUAUACGUUUACAAUAUAUUUAUAUUUGAUUGCACUUUUGUCUAUUAGCCGGGUCCUAUGACACCAGCAUAUAUUCAAAGUAUGUAAUCUAGAUAGUCUUAAUAUUUGUGUCAUAUUUUUUAAACCUUGGGGAUGUAAAGAGAGGUUUCAAAAUAUUUAUAUCUCCAAGUUUACACCAUUAUACAAUUUCCCUGCAAGAACAAAGUAAAUCUCCCCUUAACUGACAUAAACAUGUUGAAACAUGUUUAUUACAUGAUUGUAUAAAGAGAAAUCUAAACACAGAUAUAUAUAACCUUGGCAUGCUGCUUAGACAGAGAGAAGGAAUGCAAACAGCAAUAUUGUUUAUUUAAAUGGAUGUUAAAUAAUGCAAAUAAUGACAUGUAAUCUAAUCGGUAUGAAAAAUAAUCAAACCUGUGUUUA